CUCCAUUAUCAAAAUUUAAUAAAAUAGUGAAUUAAUAUAAUUUUAAAUAGUUAAUAUAUCGGCGUGACAUAAUUUGCCUUGAGUUUCCCCUCUGUAUAUAUCUCUUUUCUGUGGCUGGGUCCAGAGGACUGGGUCGAGUGAAACCAUUUUGGUUUUGUGGGUUUUUUCCGGAAGUGAAUAGUGCAAGGAUAUCCGGAGCAACCAAUCAAAUUGCGUGAAACGCAUUAUUCACGUCCCGAGUAUAUGCUAAAUUACUUUAUUCAAUUUGUUUUUGUCUUUGAUUUAGUUUUGGAAAAGAUCACAGUAUGUUCAGCAAAAUUUUACUAGCUUUAGGAGUUGUGUUGGCUAUCUCAGCUUUAGGUAAGAAAAUUUACAAAUUUUCAGUGAUUGAAUCACAAUGCCUGAUUAUGUUCCUUGCCAGCAGUUAUCUGAAAAUUUGUGGGAAGCUAUAUCUUUCAAGUCACAUAGGAUAAUGUAAUUACUUGAUAUUGCUAGCUAUUUUAAACACGUCGCAAUCCGAUUUCCUCAGAUUUUAACAGACAUUAAAAUCUCAUCUCAUCAUAAAUAUUUUGACUUUAAAAUUGGCUGAUUGAAUACAAAAGGUGGGAUGACCCUUACCGGGUCUCUAGAUAUAAAACAGUUUAAACUGACAGAGACAAGACAUGACACCAGUUGCACUUCCGGGCCAGACUGUAAAGUUUUGGCUUUGGAGGAAAUUAAAUUCCAUGCGCAAAAAUGUUUGCAAAUCUGCAAAUAAUUUCUGAAGAAUCGGCACAAAAUAUGCUUUUGUGAACCAAGAACCAAGCAGAUUUCUGAUGUUUCUCUUUGACAAAAGCACUUUCUGAAAUAAAUGUUCUGUGAAAAUAUUUGAACUUUCCCAAGGAAUAAACAGUUCCUGCGCAAAAUAAAACUUUUCAGUCUGGCUGCUGGGGGUAUGACAAGACAAUUUGCAACUAAUGAUCUACGCAUGCAUAUCUUUUUUUGUUUUAGGGAGUGCUCUGGAAUGCAAUGUUUGUAACUACUGGACAUCGCAGCCAAAAGAACAACAAAAAUGUACUAACCGCAAACUCACCUGUCCAAUCGGAUACGGUCAUUGUUUCACAUUCUCUGGUACCUAUCAAAAUGGCACAGACGUCGUUGAAAAAAGCUGUUCCAUCAAUAUUCUUUGCUCCAAUACUGAAAAAACGUGUGACCUUAUAACCGCAAGGUUGGGUCUGAAAUCGUGUGAUUUUGAAUGUUGUAAUACUGAUAACUGCAACAGUGCAACUGGUGUCAUGGUGACCAAGUUUACUGUUUCCUUGAUGGCGAUUGUUGGUUUUAUUUUUGCUUGA